UAGAUACCAAAACAAGCACCUCAAAAUGAACGCAUUUAUUGUAUUCGCCUGCAUCGUGACUUGUGCCAGCGCCAGCGGCUAUUACGGCGGUGCCCAUUUGUAUGGCGCCCACGCCCACGCCGUACCCGCAGGUCCUACAACUCUUGUAGGUGCGUCGGGUGUAGUCGGCCCCCAUGGAGCUGUAGGACCCACUGGAGCUGUAAACGGACACGGAGCCGUUGGACCAAAUGGAAUUCCUAACGCAGUACAUGGCGGAGUUGUUGGCGGACACGGAUUCGUCGGUGGUCUCGGUCUUGGAUACGCACACGCCGGAUUCGGGCACCUCGGUUACGCACACGCCGGAAUCGGGCAUCUCGGUUACGCACAUGGCCACGAUGAUGGACAAUGGCACGGCGAAGGACUCUGGGAAUCUCAAGAUCAUGCUGGACAUGGCCAUGGACACGGUUGGUAA